UUCUUUUUUUUUUUUUUUUUACCCUUCAUUUAAACUGCAUCCACUCGUUCUCUUUGUUACAUACAGUCCACAUACCUGAGUAUUAAGGCUUUGGUCACCCGCAUUGUUCCAACUACAACAGUUCAUACAAUUUAAACAUUCUGCCCCUACUUACACGUCCCUCCCUUGCAUAUUCUCCCGUUCCGACAGUUGCGUUGCACAUUACGAUACCUACUUUCCAUUGUACAACAAUACAAGUCGUGCCCCAUCUGACUGCCGCGGGCAUCUCCUAUUCCUUCCUCUUCAGCCUCGCCUGUCUCCUACCACUUCUUCAGAACGAUUGCUGUGCAGGUCACGCCUGAAUUCUCACCGAUCCUCUCCUUCCACCCUCUUUUCCUUUAUUUACUAACUGACACAACCUUCGUGUGUUCAUCCCCCACUACGUAUAGAGCUUGUGAACAAGUGAUCAGCGUGAAGCGCCACGAUCGCCGUGUGAUAUCACUGGGUUUCGGUCCACCGUGGUUUGUCGAUCUGUCAAUGCUUGCCUUGAUGGACGGUCAGAGAGGGUUUCGCAUUUCAUGAAAUAAUAAUGCUGUUUAAUUUGGGCCUGACAGCACAUGCAGCAGCGGCUCACGAGAACGACGCUGGCCCUCAACCGGAGUCGCAACUUUCGGGGGGUUUAAAUCGUCAUUCCUCCCCGCCAACGGUUUCAUUUGCGACAAUGCCAACCAUGGGCUUGGGGAGUUUUUACGGCCGAUAUAAGGGCUCAGAGACAGAGCGACUCCAUAAGGGGCCUCCGCGGGCAAUGUCUGCGAGCCCGGUGGCGUCGGUGGUUUCGAGCGAUGGAGAGUACUCAAUGGCAGGGACAGUUCUCAGUCAAUCCCGGAACACCCGCCCGCAAACAUUUAGGAAACAAUCGUCGCGGCCGAAGACAAUCUACCAAUUAGCUCACCCCGCGUCCCAUGCACGUCAUAAGCGAUUGAGGCUCCGACCCAAGCUUCUUCUGCAGCUACAGCGAGUAUCACAAACCCCACGCCCUCUACCUGUCCUGGAUGUAUUACCGUCGACCGUAUUUUUACCUAGAUUAUCGCGCAAAUUCCCCACGAUUUUUCGAGGCAAGAAGGGAUUGGGUCCCAAUGAUUUGAUCAUCGUGACCAGCGAUCUUUAUGAACGGUCCGGGGGGGAUAUUGCUGAUAAGUAUCUCAGCUCGGACGAGGAACACAGUGAACAUCGUGAAGUCGUCGCAACAAUUUGCCAACUUCUCAAGGAGGAUGCGUUGUCAAAAGGGAAGGCGGAGAUUUGUCUUAAUUACGGGCCGGUGUGGGAGGCGACACCUCUUCCCAAUGGAUCCUACGAGUUUGUGGCCAACACCGAAGAUGGGAUUCAGAUCCUGCGAUGGGUACUUCGCGGAGCACGGAAUCGCCGCAUCUCCGCACCCCCUGGAACUACGCCCCAGGCGGACACGAAACGAUUUACUUUUAGCGUCAUCAACCCCAACACCCGUCGUCAUCCCGUCAUCGCGACUAUGGCUCGUAAUCACCUGGAGAUAUUUGAUGAGUACGCGAUGCCCACGGCAUCCGGACAUCCUCUGUCGCCAACGUCUACGAUGUCUGUGAUCAGCGAUGAUUCUGAACUGGACGCCUCCUUAGACAAGAAGGUCAUUGAGACGGACGAUAAUCUCCGGACGUUGAUCAUUAUCACCAGUAUUUGGGUGGCCUUCCGAGAAGGCUGGUCGCAUAAUUUCACUUAUGAUGAUUCAGCCGUGACUUUCAACGCAGCACUUUCCCCAUCUCGACAGCCAUCUCCAUCUGCAGCCAGAACCGAGAAUGAUCUGAUACCCGCUGGAAGGGAUAAUCGUUCGGAAAGGCUGGUAUCGAAUGGCUCGAGGAACCGCGCAUCGGUGCCAAAUGGCUCACAACCUAACGCGCUGUCAGACCGGUCCAUAGCAUAUGGUAGUCUGACCAAGCGCUCGAAUUCAACAGGCGCAGCUUUCAUGGAGCGAACCAACCGGCGUGCUUCUGGAACCGUUGGCCGACCCAAAAGACAUAGUUUGCGUUCAAGUCCUCGCGAACUGGACCAGAACGGGAACAGCCCAGUGGAACAAAAUAAUCGAAGCUCCACAACACAGCCAGCAGCCCCGGUUCCGCCAUUGGAUAGCUCGCAAGGUAACGAUAGCUAUCCACUACAUCAGCUUGAACCAUCCGAUCUAAAAGCUAAACAGCUGGGCCGAAGCAGCUCCACGAAGAGAUGUCGACGCCGGCUGAGCAAUAUUUUUGACUUCCUGACUCGAAAGCACCAUUAAUGAAGCCCGGUGCUUCUCUGAUGGCUUGGUGAACCAGGUCUCAUACGGUUGUGUGACACCUAAUUCGAUUCUACGCUCCCUCUAGCCGAGGUGAAGCGGGGUCCCCCUUGGGGUUCCCUUUUGUACAUCUUUUCACUCCCGGUGGCCAGGUGCUAUGAUGGGAUUCUGGGGCUAGCCCAAAAAUCAAUUUGCAUACGGUCUCCGUGCUUACUGUCUUUACGCAAUACUCUCACCUCUUCGCAGCGCCGUGA